GCAAUCCCAUAGCCAACCCAAUUAUGCUGUUAUGGCCGCGCAUACAAUCGUUGGCCACCCUCGAUCCUGCCCUUUAACCCCAAAACGAGCACCGUCUGGAUCGGCAAACCCUCCCCGUUUCAUGUCCAGCCUAGAUAUACUCCAUCCACUGCCCUCCACCCCUCCCAUAUACAAUAUUCUUCCACACUGUAUACCACCAUUCUCACAACCAUUUAUACAAAGGUUGUCUUUGUUGGACACAGCCUCAAAGAGUCUCUUCCAGAUCACAAAGCCUUGGUGACAAUUGGCUUUGUGAGAUCGAUUAAAUUAUCGUCAAACCUUCACCAUUAUACUACGCUGACUGUAUUCACCACCUGAGCGACUAAAUUCACUCACUAAGUCCACAAACCGCGGUCUGACAAUUCGACUAUCUCAAAAGGCUAAAGGCUGUUGAACCUUACAUAUAAAACACCAUGACCGACUACGACUAUCCCCAAUCUCCGACCAUGUCGCAAGACAGACACAUGGGCUCCCUAGCAGCAGCGCUCAGAAUGAAGCUGGAACAUCUGCCUCAGUUGAAUCUGCAGAACCUGGAGAAGCACCAUGCACAGCACAAACGACGUUCAUUAGAGCCCGGCUCUGCCACAUCCUCUCGAUCAGCACACUCCUUCAGUUCCCACCCCUCAGACGACACCGAUGCUACAGACCUCACAGUAACACCUACCAACAGAUCACGCGCAAGCACAUUUGACAAUGCCGAUAGAAUAACAUCCCCUCUCGUACAGACAGUCACUUGUAAACCUCCCCUACGGAUCAUCCUUGGGACUGCUUCUGUGGGUUCACACUUGUCACCACUGGCCAAAAUCACCACCGUGGAAGAUGCCUCCAAGUUCAUCAACCUUUUCCGGUCAAGAGGAUAUGCAGACAUCGACACUGCCAGAGCAUACCCAGUGGGCCGAGGUGGCACAUGCGAGAAGUUGCUGGGUGAGGACGAACUACGGUUAUCGAAGUGGGCCAAUGUCUCGACCAAAGUGUCCAGCUUCAUGCCUGGGUCCCACCGAGCAAAGAACAUUAACUCCAGCAUCGAUCGGUCGCUGGAAGCCCUUAACAUGGACACCGUCGAUGUCAUGUACCUGCAUGCUCCUGACAGAGUCACGCCAUUCGAAGUGACUUGUGAGGCUAUGAACAAUGCAUACCUCGAAGGGAAAUUUGAGCGCUUUGGCCUCUCCAACUACUCUGUUGAGGAAGUUGAGGAGAUUGUCCGGAUAUGCGAGGAGAAUGGCUGGGUCAAGCCCUCCGUGUACCAAGGCCAAUACAACCCAAUCUGCCGAGGCGGCGAGGAACGACUGUUCGCUGUCCUUCGAGAACACAACAUCGCUUUCUACGCUUACAGCCCUUCGGCCUGUGGUUUCUUCUCCAACAAGGUAUCACGAGCGUCGAUCAAGGAUAGAGACAGCAGAUGGAACAUUGAUUCUCCGCUUGGUGCCAAAUAUGCCCAUGACUACUUCCACGACCCACUCUUCGCCGCCGCUGAGAUUGUCCGACAGCAAGCCACGAAGUACGGCAUCUCUGGACACGCAGCUGCUCUUCGAUGGACCACCUGGCACUCACAGCUCGGCGCCGAGUACGGCGAUGCUGUCAUUGUCGGUGCCUCAAAACUCUCACAACUCAAAGAAAACAUGGACAUCCUCGAACAAGGCCCUCUUCCAGACGAACUCGUUGAGACUCUCAACGGCGUCUGGGAAGAUGUGCGGACGUUCGAAAAGGGUCCCCGCUUCUCAUUUGUUUGAAUAUGCUACGCUACUCUCCACGGGGUGAGAUGGUCUCACGAACGUUUCCGGCUCCAAGGCGUUUUGGAUGGCUAAGCAGCGCCAAAAAGUUCCCCGGCAAAAAAGGGGUAACACAACUGGAACAUUUUUGCUUCUUCGACAUAGAUCCCUCAAGUGCUGAGUGGAUCCUAUCUACUUUUUUGUUUAUUGCUACGAGUAUGACGAUACCCAAAUCUUGCUGUAUGCUAUGUUUUAAGGGAGAAAAAUGCAUCUACCGGUCUCUGGGAGACACGGGUAUGGACAGAAUACUGGACACGGGGGCUCAAAGGGACAGGCUUUUGCAGCCUUGUCCAUCAUUCUAAAUACCACAGACUCUUCACGGCAUGGGAAAGAAACAUCUGCCAUAGAUCCAAAUAAAAGCUACCAUUUAGAGCCUG